UCUCUCGUCAGGAUGUUGCACGGGUGCGUUGAUGCUUUGAUCAUGAGCCUCGUCUGGGCGGCGAAAUCCGCUCGCGUAUGUUGCGACUCCGCGGUGCAGCCGUUUGUUGGUUCAGUGGCCAUGAGCCAGUAGGGCAGCGCAGUUUAGAUUGCCAGCAGUUGCGUGUGCGACAAGGAUGUGGUGCUUCGCGUCCCCGGCCCCGGAGCCCGAGGUGACCGACCCGGGCUCCCCAGAGACCGCCAGCCCCCCGACCGACGACGGUCGCACGAUCAGCGUCGGCCACCUGCAGGGCUCCAAGGUCGCCAAGGACUGCCUCGGGCUGGCCGAGCAGCCGGAGGUCCCCACGUACUCCUUGGCAUUGGUGCAGAUCUACGUGAGGAGCCAGAAGUUCGGCGGCUCAGACAAGAGCUCUAAUGGCCAUCGUUACGAUAGCAUCCCGUUUGCGAACGGGAUGAUCGAUGCUGGCAUGAGUUGCCAGCUCCUGCACUACGUCCACGAGGAGCACGACGCAUUCUUUGAGGUCCUCAAGAAGUUUGAUGGCAUCAUCGUGCGAUGCAACCCUGGUCAGAUCAACGCAGACGGCGGCAGCCAGCAGAAGUUUGACGACGCCAUGAGGGCCCUUCGCAAGGAGUGUGCUACUCAGAUCUGGUCCACCCCGGACGUGAUGGAGUUCAUGGGAGCCAAAGACGCUCUCGUGAAAGUGAAGGACAUGUCCAUCGGCCUUCCGGACACCAGCGCCUACUACACCGUGGAGGACUUCUCGGUGGGGUUCAAGAAGACGAUGGCGUUCCAGCCUCGGGUGGUGAAGCAGAACCGCGGGUCGUCCGGCGAGGGCAUCUGGAUCAUCAAGCUCAAGAGCGGCGACUACUGCCAGGAGUACGGCGCGAAGUCUUGCAGCGACUCGGACGUGCUCACGCUCAUGGAGGC